AUGAAUACUGAUUCAACAAGACCGUUAUUCUGCCAGCGAUGCCGGCAACCGUUAAAAGUCGAGGAAUCGUUAGCUGAUCUCAAACCUUCAGCUAUGGAUUUACUAAUAGAAGAAAAAGCACAUCCGCGAGCUACGCCUUCCGCAGUAGCUACUAAUGUUCCUGACCGUACAAUGGAACCCAUUUCGCGUAGAACAACUACCUCGAACAAAAGCAACCGCAACUCUUUGCCAGGACAUACCAAUCUCCGAUCCAAAGAUACCAUGGUUGGUCCGUCAGAGUCAUUUGUCAUGUUAUCCAGUUCACAAAUUGCACCGCCCGUAGUCUCACAAGUUUCGACUUUAAAAUCUGACGAAGCUCGUAACAGCAGCAUGUCUCGACGAUUAAAGGUAGCGAACAAACUAUUUGACAUCAUGUCAGCCAAAUCAGAUAUCGAUCACCCAAUGUGUCAAGAAUGCACAGAUAUUUUGUUGGAAAGCUUAAGAAGACAGCUAGACGACGUCAGCCGGGAAAGAGACUGUUAUAUAGAAUUCUUGAAAAAGGUAUCAGAGAGCAAGAUCGACCCUGCCGAAGAAAAGAUUCUGAGAAAGGAAAUUGAGGAGCUGGCAGAUGCUGAAAAUCAAGCAAACGAAACAUUGAGAAGGACAGAAGAAGAGCGUGACGCUUUGCAAAAGGAGCUUGAAGAACUAGAAGCCGAAUCUAAAAAUCUGGAAGCUGAGGAAGAAGAAUUUUGGCAAAAGAGCAAUGAGUUUCAGCUAAAACUGCAAGCGUUUCAUAACGAGAGAGACAGUAUUAAUAUGAAGUAUGACCAUGACGCCAAACAGUACGAAAAGUUACAAAAAACAGUCGUAUACAACGAUACCUUUUGCAUCGGACAUAGUGGCCCAUUUGGUACGAUAAAUGGCUUUCGAUUAGGCCGACUGAGCACUCAGCCAAUUGACUGGAAUGAAAUCAACGCAGCUAUGGGACAAACCCUACUCUUACUUUAUACUGUCGCCAACAAGCUCAAAUUUCAAUUUAAGACAUAUAGGCUGGUUCCUAUGGGAUCGUUCUCGCGGAUACAGAAAAUCGACGGAGAUAGCGUGGUUACAUAUGAACUCUAUGGGUCUGGCGACUUCGCUAUCAACCGCAUGUUUUUGAAUAGGAGAUUCGAUCAUGCGCUAGUCGCGUUACUAAAUUGUCUACAACAGCUGAGUGAUUUUGCCGAGCAACGGGACAAGAGCCUUAGAUUGCCUUAUAGAAUUAACAAGGAUAAGAUUGGUGAUACCUCAAUUCGGCUUCAAUUCAAUCAAGACGAAUUGUGGACUCGAGCACUCAAGUAUAUGCUCACAAAUAUGAAAUGGAUCUUGAUCUUUGCUAGUCGAGGUAGUGUGGCUUUAGGACUGUCUGGUGAUGAUGGAAGCCAAUCGCCCCCGGCAAUGUGA